AUGCAGCAGCACGGACAACAAACGGCAGCAACAGCAUCAGCAGCGAACAUUGCAGCGGACGGAUCAGUUAUCUUCAGGAGUCUAUCUCAAGUAGUACUUCCUGCGGAGUUGGUGUCGCGACUGCAAGCGUUGCAGGGUCUGGAGCUAGGCCAGCUGGCGGAUCUUGAUCACAUCCGACAGGGUAUGCAAGCAUUGGCCGAUGAGCUAGUGCGGCGUUCCGAGUUGCUUGGACAGUGCGUCCAAAGGGCCGCGGAAGGCACUUUGGAGGAUAGGAGAAACCUUCAGAGUCUGCACCAUUCGAUGCAAACUCUGCAGCAGAACGAUGCGCAUCAUCAGAACAAAGUUGCCUCCUUGAUAUCAGAGCAUGAACGCACGAUGAAGCUUCUUGCUGAGUUUGAGGUGGGCAUGAAGAGUAAGUGGGCUGAGACUGCACAGAGGACUACAUCCCUAGAGGAGAGAUUUGAAACCUUUCUGGCUGCACAGACCGGAUUGCGUGGAGAUCUAGAGAGUCGUGUUGGUCAAUCGGCCGGAGAGCAGCAAGAGCUCCUGGUUGGUAUGCUUGAGAGGCAGGCAACAGCAUUGGAGCAUGCAACAGCAAAGCAAGCAAGGCAUGAAGAGCAAAUUGAGCAGCUAAGGCAAAGUCUUGAUAGGACGCAGUCUGAAGCUGCCCGAGUGAGGGAGAAGUAUGAGGAUGACUUGAAGACCACCCGAUGGGUGGUCGAUCGGGUCACCAGACUGGAAAUGCUGGUAGAGGAGUUGCGGACCAAGGACGCAGCGAUCCGGCGAGAGCUCGAGAUAGACCCCGAGCAAGGUGUUCGAUGGGCUGCGGCAGGCAAUGAUGCGGAUAGCACGGCGCCACCGGUUGCACAUCAUGUCUUGUCUCCGGAGAAACCGGGGAAUAUCCAUGAAGGGUAUGAGGAAGAAUGGUGGGGCACCGGUAAUGCCCUUGAGCCCCAGGAGACCCGUCCUGGAGAGAGAGGGUAUUUUCAGUGGGAUGCAUUCGGAGCCAGUCGACCUCCUGGAUUAGGCCCGAGCGUGCCCCCGCCACCACUUCAUGAGAGCAUGAAAAGAGAAAACCCCACGCGGGAAGCAAAGACACCUCAGACUGCUUUCAAGUUACUGAAGGAUGCUCCUAAGCUGGAUUUGUCAGCUGGUGGAGAGCCCUGGGAGGUUGGAAUGACGGUGCAUCAGUGGAGAGUUGAAACGAGGACGGUCAUGACUGCUAUCCAUCCAAUCUUUGCAGAGUACUUCGAUAAGAUCUACGAUCAAGGGAGACAGCGCUAUGAGGCCAAACGGCUCACUGGUUUGGAGGAACCGGUACCCGAGAUUUUGGAAUCGGAGGCUGAGAUGGAGACUAGGCUUUCGCUGAAUCUCUUGAAAAAUCUUCCUUUGGCAGUUCGUCAGCCGGUGGUUGAAGGGUCGAUGUCGAAGAAUGUUCUUUGUAUCUUGAUGCUUGAGAGUCUGCAUGAGCGGUACGCUCCAGGAGGCCGUGAGGAGUUAGAGUCCAUCCAGCGGUAUAUGCGGCAGCUUCCGGCUGCUCAAGACUUCAAGGGUGCGAUGAUGACUCUUCGUAGGUGGAAGCUUGCGAAGCAAAGAGCUCAAGGCCUUGGCCUUCCAGAGCAGGCUCCUAAUGAGGGUAUUGCGGCGCUUGAUGGUCUUAUGAGGACACUUGAGAAGCGACACCAGCAGCUAGGCAUGAGAAUCAACAUCCUGCGAAUGCAGCCGGACAUUGUGAUCCCUACGAGUACUGGUCUUGACCGCUAUGUAUCAUUGCUUGAAGUUGAGUGCAGAAGAUUGGCGGCAGAUCAAGAAAUUCGGGAUGCGCGUACGGCUCAAAGUAGCGAGGUUGUCGUGGCUGCAGAGGCGGCUGAAAAGGGCAAGGGUCAAGGGCGACUGUGCUUCUUUCACCUGAAACCUGGUUCGGAAGGGGGCUCUGAUCUUUCUGAUGCGGGCCCUGCGCCUUCGAGCGGGACCACUAACCUUGAGAGCGAGCCUGAGAGUGACGAAUCCGGGGAGAGAGAGCGGCCUCCUUUGUGGUAUCUGGUUCUUCAUGAAACUGAGUAUGCUCUGCUGUCAAAUGGGCCCUUCCAACUUCUGACACAUGCGAUUGCUCCAUUUCAGCAGGUGAACGGGCCGAAUUUGAUUGCAGUAGGAAUCUGGCAAAUCCUUGAGGAGUUGGACUUUCAGCUUCCCAUUGAAGACCUUCAGAUAGGACUGAAUCAGUACAUCAUCGAGGCGCAUCAGACAUUGUGUAUGUACGAAGAUGGGGCACUGAGGCCUGUGGUUCUGGUUCAUGUCAUUGAUAUGGACACAAAUCGUGAGCAGAUGCUUGCGCUGACAGAGAGUGGAAUACCUCCUAGAAUAGAGCGUUGGACCAUAGAGGAUGCUAGGAGGGGCAUGCGACUUCAGGCGUUCUCAGGUGCUGAGGUGAUGGCUUUUAGGGAAGAGAGUGAUCGAGCCAAGGGUGCCCCGAAGGCGAAGGCUCCAACGGUGUCGAGUCCCCCGAAAUAUCCAGGUUCACUUCCGGAGGGACCCCCUGCUAAGGCGUCUGGUUCAGUUCCGAGGGGAUCUUCUGCUGAGGCGUCUGGUUCAGUUCCAAGGGGAUCUUCUGCUGAGGCGUCCGGUCCAGUUCCGAAGGGUCCAUCUGCGAGCAUUAUGCAUCUAGCAAAGUCUCCGCCUGCGAAGGCUUCAACUUCGGGUUCUCAGGGUUCGCAUAGCCGGGCUCAUUUUGCUGAGGGCAAAGAUAGGCCACAGGUGAUGGCGACGAGGGCAUGCUUUGGACCAAAGGUUCUAGUCGAUUCAGGGGCCAACGAGGUGAUUAGGCCUCGUCCGGAGGGCUUUGCUGUGUACAAGUGCCGAAGGAGUCAAGUAGCCAUGGCUUCAGGGGACGUUGUCAACGCAUGGAGAACACGUGAUGGUGAGCUCAUGAUUGGAGAGGAAGACGUUGAUAACAGCGUAGAUUGGAUCCUCUCUGUCCGAAGGCUGCGAGGAAUUCGGGGUGCUUUCGUAUGGGAUGAGUUAGGACCUAGGGUGAAGUACUUCGAUGGUGAAACGGUGGUGACGGUUCAUUGCUUUGAGCAGAACGGACUCCCAUACAUGUCGUGGGAAGACUUCAAGCCGAUCAGGGUGCAGUUGGCUAGGGAUUGGAGAGAUAAAGGGAAUGCCAGGGUGAUGAAAGUAGAAGAUGGAGCCCUUAAGAUUCUUGAUUACAUGUCCACUGCAGAUGCUGUUGGAGGCGCUAGGGCUCUCGAGGUGAGUGAAGCAACUCUGACAAAGUCGAUUGAGGACGCGGGAGAGCGCAGGGCUGAAGAGCUUUGUGCAAAAGCACGAGUGACCUACGAUGAGGUUUGGAGUGCGGUGCAACUUGCAAGCCUGGUGGAACGGCGAUCCGAUCGGUCGAAGCAGCUUGAAAGCGGGGAGGCCCAUGCAUUGCCUAUGUGGACAUUCGGGUUGUUUGUUCAUGGAGGGGUGUUAGGGUUGACUUCAGAAACGCGUCGGCAUCCAUGGUUGGUGAAGCUCCUUUGCAAACUGGUUCGGCAGCAGCAUCCUGAUUUGGAAUUUUUAUCGGUGACUGUGGCAGUCAACUUGGUGUUCCGACCUCACAAAGAUCGAAAUUCGCUGGAGCGAGAGUCAGUGGUGUUAGGGUUGACGCGCUUUCAGGGUGGACAGAUCUGGAUUGAAGGAAUUCCGGGGGAGCGCGGGAACAAUGCAAUAAGGCACAUUGACAACGAAGGCGAGGCGAGGGCCGGAAGAUUGCAUGAGCUGUCGCACAAGAGUGUAAGGUUCAAUGCAGCGGUUCGCACGCAUGGGACGGAGCCGUUCCAGGGAGUUCGAGGUGUGGCAAUUGCAUAUACACCACGGGGACAUUUAAAUGUCUCAGAUGAGCAGCUGAAGGAGCUAUGUGGCCUGGGAUUCUUUGAUGAGAGGCUACAGCAGUUCCAGAGCAAGGCCAGCAACAUCAGGCACGGCAGCUGCAGGCUAGAAGCAGAGCUCAAGCAGGACAGCAACAGGCUAGAAGCGGAGCUCAAGCAUGGCAACAGCAAGCUAGAAGCGGAGCUCAAGCAUUGCAACGGCAGGCUAGAAGCAGAGAGUGAGUUCAGCAACGCGUCCGAAACAAGCAACGACAACCAGAUUCCCCAGAUUCCAUCAACCGAACUAAGCCAGGGUUCUUUGGAGGAUGAUGUCGUUCAGGGCGAGCCGUAUGGUGAAUCAGGGUUACAGGACUUUAGGGAUUUUUCCGUUCAGGGUUUAGGCACGAGUAGCGUGCAAAGCCCAGAUGAUGAUGAGGGUUCGCGUGCCGAAGGGGUCAUGGCAUUUGAAGCUGUUGCGGAAGAGGUCAUUGAUCUUGAGACACCGCGGGAGCGCCCGGGACAUUCCUUGAAGGACUACGAAGCUCGUGGUUUGCGCCGGCCGCAUCGGAGAGUUACUGCUGAUCAGAUUUCCAAGGGAGUGCUUUCAAUCGAUUUGGCCGGGCCGUAUGUUGCUGCGUAUGACGGUACGAAGUAUGCGCUUGUAGCUGUGUUUCGGAUUGACGAGAGCACGCAGCUUCACUUUAUGAGGCCUAUGAAGAGGAGGCUUUGGGGUGAGAUGUUUGCGGCUCUUCAAAGACAGCAUGCGGAGCAAGGGUUGCCGUUCGUGGCGCAUGUUUGUGCCGACAGCCAUUUUGAGGAGGAGCCAGUGAGUAUGAUCCCGGCAGUUCAGGAGCAGUCUGUGAAAGGCGGUGAGAAGGGUGACCGUUACAAGAUCUUGUCGUAUGAAGCUGAGCAAGAGAUGAAUCGAGCGGAAGUCAAGGUUGCUCAGUUGGUCACGGACACGAUUGAUGCGAGAAUCCUUUCGGACCCUCGGACGCCUGCGGAUGAGAAGCUGAAGUGGGUGAAUGAGGGGUUGAGAUCCGAGCUAGAGACACUUCAGAAGAAGGAGAUUUAUGAUGAAUGGGACGAGGCGGAAGUCCCGCCGGGAGCGAAGAUUCUGCCUGCAAAAGUGGUGCUGACCAAGAAGCCCCUUCAGGAUGAUACAGAGGUUGAUCCAACAGACCCUUUGAGCACUUGGAGAGCAAAAGCACGGAUUGUGGUGUGCGGGAAUUAUGAGCAGAAUACGUUUGGUCAUGAUCCUGACAACGCAAGCGCCAACCCGGCCAUUGAGCACAUCAGGUGGAGCGCAGCGUGCCUCGCUGAUAAUCCGGGCUGGACCGGACUGGUUCUGGAUAUCACGGAGUUGGAUGGAAAGAUGUUCAAGAAUGCCGAGGGCGUGAUGUUUGUGCUGGAUCCGAUUUCGUCUGGUGUGUGGGCCAUUAGAAAACAGGGAGAACCGCAAUCGUUCUGCGGAAUCUUUGACAUGUACGUUGAUGAUGGCUUGAUUGUGGGGCCCGUUGGACUGUGCACGGGUUUGGCGGAGGUGCUUUUAACAACUUGGCAAAUGAAGAUUCAAGGGUUUUUGCCGAGUGAUGACUUGAAGGACGGCGAGAAGGUCAUGAUUGGUGACAAGCAGGUGGCUGUACGAGAAGAGCUUCAGUUCCUGGGAAUGGUGAUUAAGCGCACCAAGGACGGUGUGGCACUUCAUCAGCGCCCAUGGGUGGAUACAGAAUUGGAGCGGCGGGGCUGGACGACGGUCCGAGGCGCUGCUAACCUGCCAGAAGUGGUAGAAGGUCAAACAGAGCCGGUGCCCCGUGAUGAUGCGUAUGGUGAUGAUCUGCAUCGGGCGCAGUCGGAG